UAUAAAUAAAACCACGCGACAACAUAGCAUCCUACUUCUAGGUGGUUUCAUUCGGGGAUGCGGGAAAUUAGCACCAUUGAUUAAUUCAUUGAAGAAUCCGAUCGCCAUUCAAAAGCAGAUAAGCAUGAAACAACAAUUGAGCGAAGAUCCACUGAGAAUGUGUUGAUAAACUAAUCUGACGUUUGCCACUAGCAGUUGACUUCGAGUUCCUUUAUGUUUAUGGUUUUUUUUUCCUUUUUAAUAUCGCAAUGAAGUUCGACGACAUUUUGACGACUGUUGGCGAGUUUGGAAAAUAUCAACACCGUCUUUACUUUAUUCUUGAUGUUUUCAAGUUUACGAUUUCGUGGGCUGAGUUGAUAUAUAUCUUUAUCGAGGCUCCCGUCAACCACUGGUGCGCGACCCCCGAGUUGGACUCUUUCUGUGACCAACAUGAAAUGUCCAAGGAAGCUUGUGCACUAGCCCAGAAGGAAGGUAGCAUCCCAUCUAACUACACGUCAGAUGGUGAGCUGGAGUACGCACAAUGUAAGAAAUACAACGUGUCAGGAGUGGGAUUCUGGCCUGGGAUUGUUCCAUCCAAUUACAGCAGCGAAAUGAUGUCAUGUGACAGUGGAUGGGUCUAUGAUGACAGCCAAUACAAGACGACGACAGUGACAGAUUUUGAUCUCGUUUGUGGCGAUCAUGAUAUGACUGAACUGUCCCAAUCCAUCUUCUAUAUAGGAAUCGUAGCAGGAUCCAUUUUCUUUGGCAUAAUGUCAGACAGAGUUGGGCGCUGGUGGGCGCUUUUUGUGAGCAACAUCAUCUCGCUUGUUUCGGGGCUUGCUCUUGCCUUUUCGCCAAAUUGGUGCUUCUUUGCCAUCAUGCGUUUCUUCAUGGGAUUCGGCAACAUCGCUCUCAACACCGUAUUGUAUAUUAUAGGUAUUGAGUACAUUGGACCAUCGAAGAGGAACGUCAUAAUACUAGCAUCGAUUAGCUAUGCACUCGGAUACAUGUUACUCACCCUACCGGCAUACUACAUUCGCUCCUGGCGUACCUUACAGCUAGUUAUGACUGCACCUCUCUCCAUCCUCUUCAUCUUCUUCAUAUGGCUCCCAGAAUCACCAAGAUGGCUGAUAUCAAUGGGGAAAUACGACAAGGCGGAGAAGGUGAUUGAAAAGUUUGCUGACGUCAAUGAAGUGACAUUGCCAAACCCUCUCUUCACUAAAGAAUUUAUGGAAGAACAGGACCAAAUACGCAGGGCACGCAAACCUACGGGCCUUGAUUUAAUUCGGACGCCUAGGAUGAGACUACGGACUAUCAACCUUGUCUGUAUAUGGAUGGUGAACUCACUGGUAUACCACGGCCUUUCGCUCAAUAGUUCAAAUCUGGGUGUCGACGUCUAUCUCGCUUUUGCUCUCUCGGCCGCUGUCGAAAUUCCUGCCUACCUUCUGGCAUUCGUCAUCGUCGAGUUCUUCGGUCGCAAGCUUAGUGUCUUCGGCUGUAUGAUGUUGGGCGGGCUGGCUUGCGUGUCGACUGCUUUUAUAGAACACGGCAUUGCUUUGACGAGUGUCGCCAUGAUUGGAAAGUUUGGGAUUUCAGCCUCAUCUAACAUCAUCUAUCUCUACACUGUCGAGCUUUACCCUACGAAUAUAAGGGGGAUUGCCGUUGGCAACUGUUCAAUGUUCUCAAACAUAGCAGGUAUAUUGGCCCCUCUCAUCCUCAUACUCAGCAAGUAUUGGGAUUCUCUUCCCCUCGUCAUUUAUGGGUCUUUUUCCGUCAUCGCUGCACUGUCUGCCCUAGCCUUGCCCGAGACAAGAGGCGAGAAACUCCCCGAGACGGUUGAAGAAGUAGAACAAUUUGGCUCAAGCUCCAAGGAAGCCAAGGAGCUCAAAGUCAUGACGUCACAGCAUGGACCUAACACAGUUGAGGAGAAGGACAAAGUAACAAAUAUAUUGAACGACACAUCAACUGAUACCACCCAUGUAAACCCUACAUUUACCAUAGAGGACGAACAUGUAAAUAAUGUGAAAUUUGUAAAUGGAACGACUCUGGAAAAUCAUGUAUUUACUGAGGAGGAUGAGAAAAGUCAGAGGGACGGCAUUGCAAAUGGAGCUACCCCUAGCAAUCGAGAAUUCACAAUACCCAGGAUACUGGACGAAGAUGACGAAAAUGGAAACAUUAAAUACAUCUCGGGGGAAAUAGUUUAUGAUAACUCAACAUUUACAAUGGAGGAUAAAAAGCAGAGUGGCAUACCCUUGUGCUCAAACGGGAGUGUACCAGAAAGGGAGGAAAAGGAAACAUCGCACACAGAUGAAGGAUAG